AUGAGUGACAUCGACCUCGAUAUCUCGAAUGGCAGCUGCUGGGCAAACGUCAACGUAGCUCUGCCUGACCAGUACAUCCCAUGUGGAAAUGCAGCCGACGGGAGGAGCCACGCGUGCUGCCACGUUGGGGACAAAUGCGUCUCGAGCGGCGCCUGCUACCAUGCGAACUACCGAACAACCUACGUUGCGGGCUGCACCAACCAGAACUACGAUGGCUCCGAGUGUCAGAAUAAGGGCAACUUCUACAAUCAGCAGUGGGUUGGACUCGCACGAUGCGACCCGGAAUUGAGUUUGUGGGCAGGCUGCCCGGAAGAGAACGAAGUUGUGGGCGAUAUUCCACCUCCGACCAAUUGCACAUGCACGGGCAGCACGGACGACAACAUCCUGUUCCAGGAUGCCCCUCAGCUCGCCGAUAUUGCCAUGCUGCCUCAGAGAUCGGGCGAGGCGAUCUCAUGGUUUCCGGGCCAUGAACCGACGGAUACAGGCUCUGUGUCAGCACCGAAACCCACCCGAACGAACACCACAAGCACAACCGAUACACCAUCCACCUCGGCUUCAGGCAACGAUCCUCAAGCGACUUCUAACCCAGGCCCCUCGUCGGCAAGCUCUGCGGACAACGGGCUGUCGACAGGUGCUACAGCUGGCAUCGCUGUCGGCGCAAGCAUCGGGGGCCUCAUAGUCAUCUGUCUCGUCGUCAUCGCACUGCUCCUCCGGCGCCGCAAAAAGAAGGAAGAGGAAGAGAACGCGCAGGAGACUCUACCACAUAUACAAAACUCUUCAGCUCGUCCUUCCCACCUCGAUACCCCGGCCUUGCCUGCCUACAAGUCCGAGCUCGCCGCCGACGAGCCCAAGAGUGCGACCACGAUUUCUUCAGCGGGCUUCGCCGGAAACCUCGACCGGCACUCGAGCAUGUCGGAGGUAUCAAGCAUGCACGAUGGCAGCGGUGGUCGCAACAUGAACCCGGGCCAGGUCUCGCCGCAGAGUACGGGAGGGCAGGAGGGCUUUCCACAGAUGGGUGGUGGUAGCAUGAGGGUCGUGCAGCCGGCUAUGGCUCCUAUUCACGAACUGCCGGGGUAG